GUUUGGAUCCUCCCCGAAAGCUCCGAGCGGCAAAUACGCGGCGUUUCACUCUCUCUACACUGUCUCAACCUCGGAUUUCAAAUCUCUUCUCUGAACCUGUCAUGCACUCUAUUCCGUCUUAAGAUUCCACUCUGAAUGCGGAUUGAGUGAACUCAAAUGAGGUGUUUGCAAAACCCCACAAAGAUUCUACCUUUUGCGUUUAAAUCGUCUUUGCUGCCUUUGUCUCAACGGUGCCUCUAUAAAUUUUCUCCCAAGCUAUCACCAUUAGCAAACAUACUAAAGGUUUCGAUCCUGACCAUGUCAAGCAGUCUCAGUGGACAUGUGACCAUGGCUUCAGAGCCUCAGAGAACAUACCAAGUUGUGGUAGCUGCGACCAAAGAAAUGGGGAUCGGUAAAGACGGAAAACUUCCCUGGAGUUUACCUGCUGAUCUAAAAUUCUUCAAGGAUUUAACUCUGACCACCUCGGAUUCCGCCAAGAAGAAUGCUGUUGUAAUGGGUAGGAAAACGUGGGAGUCUAUUCCCACAAAGUAUAAGCCACUCUCUGGUCGCCUCAACGUUGUCUUAACUCGUUCAAGCGGUUUCGAUAUAGCCAAUGCUGAGAAUGUUGUGACUUGCAGUAGCAUUGACUCUGCUCUAGAUUUGUUAGCUGCACCUCCGUAUCGUCUGUCCAUUGAGAAAGUGUUUGUAAUAGGAGGUGGUGAGAUAUUGAGGGAUUCGUUGAACCGACCGAGCUGUGACGCCAUCCACUUAACUGAGAUUGAUACAAGUAUUGACUGUGAUACAUUUAUUCCCGCGAUUGACACUUCUGCAUAUCAGCCUUGGUGUUCGUCUUCUCCAAUAUGUGAAAAUGGACUUCGAUUUUCCUUCACGACGUAUGUUCGUGUGAAGAGUUCUUCUCCCGGUGAAUCCUCUGACGAGAGUGAUGCGUCAAAGGCCCUUCAAGUUGACUGGAAGAAGUUUUCUUUUCUCCUUCCUAAGAAUAUUUUUGAUCGACAUGAGGAAUUUCUCUUUUUGAAUCUGGUCGAAGAGAUCUUCUCAAAUGGAAACUUAAAGAAUGAUAGGACAGGGACUGGUACAUUAUCUAAAUUCGGUUGCCAGAUGACGUUUAAUUUACGUAAGUUCCCACUUCUGACGACAAAGAGAGUUUUCUGGAGAGGUGUUGUUGAGGAACUUCUAUGGUUCAUAAGCGGUUCAACCAAUGCAAAGGUACUUCAAGAAAAGGGUGUCCAUAUCUGGGAUGGGAAUGCGUCAAGAGCGUAUCUUGAUGGUAUUGGACUGACUGAGAGAGAGGAAGGUGACCUUGGACCCAUUUAUGGAUUUCAAUGGAGACACUUUGGUGCUAAGUACACAGAUAUGCAUGCUGAUUAUACCGGGCAAGGAUUUGAUCAGCUGUUGGAUGUAAUCAACAAGAUCAAGAACAAUCCUGAUGAUCGACGGAUUAUAAUGUCAGCUUGGAAUCCUCCAGAUCUUAAGCUGAUGGCACUUCCUCCAUGCCACAUGUUUGCACAAUUCUACGUUGCAAAUGGAGAACUUUCAUGUCAAAUGUAUCAGCGCUCAGCCGACAUGGGUCUUGGUGUACCAUUUAACAUUGCCUCAUACUCCCUUCUUACAUGCAUCCUCGCUCACGUUUGUGAUCUUGUUCCUGGUAAUUUUGUCCAUGUGAUUGGAGAUGCUCAUGUUUACAAAAACCAUGUCAGGCCUCUGCAAGAGCAACUUGAGAACCCACCAAAACCUUUUCCUGUUCUGAAGAUAAAUCCGGAGAAGAAACAUAUAGAUUCUUUUGUGGCGGCUGAUUUUGAGCUCAUAGGCUAUGAUCCUCACAAGAAAAUAGAUAUGAAGAUGGCUGUUUAGCCCGAACCGUAUCCAGACCACAACUUCUUUAACUUAAUAAUAACAAAAUGAAUGAAGUCUUUUAUGUGAUGAUUUCGAACCUUUUGAAGAUUUUGUUUUCUUUGGGUGAUAAUAUGUUGAAGAUGGAAUUGAUAUGCAUCCUGGUCUAAUCCCAAAGUCAAUUUUGUAGGUAGUUGGUUUGUAUGCAAGAGAAUAAUUGAUUGUGAGAUUCUUCCCGGGGGAAAUAAGAAACUUUUU